AUGGAAUACACUCGCUACUCAUCGCAGCCGGCAACCGUCGACCUCGUUCGAGCCGACUUAGCGGAAACCUGGGCCAUCGAUGGGUUUGAAACUGAGAGCCCGAGGAGGUCACCCUCAAUUUCUCGUGUUAGCGAUAUGCUCGAUCUCGAAUACAUAUCAAUUCCCAGCUCCCCCACCUCAAAGGCCACGAAGAGGGACCCCCUACCCGAGAUACUAGGCGACUUCCUAGAAUUGUCCCCUACCCGGAGAAAGCGACGAAGCGCGAGCCAGGAGAGGAGGGGCUCCUCAACUAAACCCAGCCACUCUCCGGGAGAGACGCAGCCUCAACAUCCCAAGACGAGCAAGCGCAAAAACCCAAAUCAGUCAACGACGACAUCCGAGUCGCCUGUGAAAACUUCCGACCCAAAAUCGAGAAAAACGACAACAUCCCCAGACGCAAAAAAGGGACCGGUAAAGGCGUCCAAACAAGUCAAGGCCGCCCCCAGAUCUCUUCCGACCAGGGCCAAGGCAAAAAAGAAGGCGGGUGGCGACGACCUUUUCGAAUUAAGCGACGUUACAGACACAGAAUCAGAACCCCGGCCAAAGAAGCGACAAGCUAAGCAACCAUCGCCCAAAGGACGUCAAUCACUCCCUCAACGCAAGGCUCGAAUCGCCGAAAAGAGAGUAAGCUCACCCACCACUCAAAACAACAAGCCCAAGUCUGUACCGAAGAAACCUUUCGGUCGUGAUGGUCCUCGGAAAGGCAAGACCAAGGAUGGACCAGCAAAGAUCGACACUACUUCUCAGGCAAACCAGGGAGAGGCGCUAGGCGCCCCUGACUGUCGGGAUGACGAGGCUGUACUUACGAUGGCUGGGUCUGCUCCGAGUGAACGCCCACGCCAGGGUGAUCCUGUUUUCGCCUUCAAAGGCAGAGAUAGCCGCACCAACGUUCCCUCCCCAGAGCCCCAGAAACAUUUGCCAGACUCAGUGGGAGAAAGUGCCUUGCUCUCUCCGACCCCAUUGAAGCACCACGACAUCAUAACUCUGUCCAGCGAAAGCGCAGACGCAGAUGCAGACCGCGUGGCUGUGGGAUCUAAUUCGCCUAUGUUCAUGGAGAGAACCGAAGAAAACACGAUUGCAGAACAUGCUCCAGAUACCGCCAUAAUGAUCAACACAGGGCCAAGUUCUGAACACCAGUCACCUAAACAGCUAUCCGUGGACCAUGGACAGCUCGGUUCUACCCCUCCGCCUUCGUUUGAACUGCAUGCACCAGGGCACAACCAUCAGGGCAUAGAGCAUAGCUUGCCAGCGAGAAUCCAAGAGGCAUUCUUUUCCGAUGAACAACUGGCGGCGCUGUCAUUGUCUCCCGUCCCUGAAUUAUCAUCCAACGCUGAGGAAUGCUCCAGACCGCAAGACGUUUGGAAGCAAGCGGUAGACGACGAUUCUCCGCCUGCCAUUCUUCACCGAAUUGUUACGCUGCUGCACCGUUCGUUGAAACCCCAAGAGGAGGUGAUACGGGACAUCUCCGAGGAUUAUAAGUCAAAUGCCUUGAACUUGCUCAACAAUUUGAGUGCCCGGCAUAGCCAGGAGAAGAAGGCCAUCUCGACAGCCCUCCGAAAGGCAUCCAGCGCGGCUUUCGCGAUCUUUUCCGGUGCAAGGCAGGAUAUGGCAACCCUCAUCAGCAAACUACGGGACAUGGAUGUCACUCACACAGCAGAUACAAUCAGACGGCCGGUCCUUGCACAGAAACUUGAUUCUGUGGUCGCAUUGUGCCAAGCUAGGCUAGGGCCGGUUGGAGAUGAGGUCUUGAACGAGCCUUCAGAGGAUCUUAAUGGUCUUGCGGAGACCUAUCGCCUCAAACUAAUUGAAGCGGCCCGCCAAUCCGAUGACCAGUCUCCUAGAGCCUCGGGCAAAGUCGAGCUGCGGGUCGAUGAAUUCAUGAGGGAGUGUCUUGACGGUAAACCCAGAGUAAUUCCCUCUAUCGCUGCUAAAACACCUGACAGGCCUGCCCGGAAUGCCGACGAAGCUCUAGAGGUACUCUUGGACGGUAUCAUUAACACGUUCCAGGAGAGUAGAGAGGGGAGGAACUUUGACCGAGCGGUUGAGAAUAUCGCUAAUAUAGUGUCCGAAGACUCUGACAUGGCAGGCAUUGCAAGUAUGAACUUCAUAGAGUGA